UCUAUGAUAUCCAUGCCAAAAUACACGUAUGGAAUAUAGUCACCGGUGCAACAACCGUAAAUUUUUAUUUUUCUAAAUUUUUAGUAGACAUAAAAAACUGUUUAUAAAAUUGGCAAAUAUUGAAAACGUGGCACUAAAAAUUUCGUUAGAAUGAGGUACAAUUUGAGUUCAUGUAGAGGGUAUCAUCGAUGCAGGAUUUCGAGUAGUAAAAAUGCCGAGUAUCAUACAUUGGCCGUGGAUGAUUCAUUAUGCACGUUGACCAGGACUGGUACAAUGUGGUCAAAAUUACGUGCAUCGGAUUUUUAGCAGUACUUGGAGCAUUUUUCAACAUUGUCGUUGUAGUUAUGUUUUAUAAGAAGCCUUCACUCAGAUCUCCUUCAAACAGAUUUGUCGGUAGUUUAAUUGCAUCCGACUUACUGUCGUCGACUGUUCUUGGUCCUUUAUUUGUAUCCGGUAUAAAAACCAUCAAUAAAGCUUUGAUCGUAUUUGUGGCAACAUCAACAAUAUUUUCAAUAUUGGUUAUAGCUAUGGACAGAUAUACGGCAGUAUUAAGUCCGUUGCAUUACGCUACCAAUGUCACAAGGCAAAAAAGUGUUUUAGUCAUAGGCACUGUGUGGAGUAUAUCAGCAGCGUUGGCCUCACCAAUGUUAUUUAAGGACUUACUAAUUUACGAGAAAUUUCCCAUGGGGACGAUGGAAAAAACACAUGGUCUGGUGUUAUUACUGAUCGCAUUUUUAGCGCCUUGUGUUACGCUAAUAUUGGUGUACUUCAAAAUGUACGUGGCGGCACACAGGAACAGCCUGCGCACGCGCAAGCACAGCGUGUGCGUGGAACCGGACCUGUCGCGGCGCAACUCCAACGCGCUGUUCUCCGCGCUGCUGUUCCGGGAGGAGAGCCGGGCUAUGAAGACGUCCAUGAUGGUGCUGACCACGUAUCUAUUCAGCUGGACGCCGCUGUUCGUGCACGUGUCCAUUGUGCAACUGCCGGACGAGGUGGUGUACACGUGCGCGCUGUCCGCGGCCACGCUCAACCCGCUGGUGUACGUGUUCAGGAACGACGCGUUCCGCAAGGAGAUUCUGCGCGCCGUGUGCAGCCGCAACCGGCUGCGCGAGUCCUCGGCGGCCAAGGAGGCAGGCACGUACCAACAGCACCGGCUGAUGGCGGCCCACCAGCCGGACAGCGUGUCCGUGCACAGUUUCCGCAUGUCGUCCGUGGAGUGCCAACACUCGUUCGACUCGGUCACGCCACCGCCCGCCGACUUUGUCGCCACGUACAAUCCGAUAAACGGAUCGGAGCGGUGCGCGCGUUACGAGAGUGUAACGUUCCGGUUGGCGCAGCGCCGUUGCCAGUACUGCAGCAGGCAGAGCUCGGAUUCGUCGCUGAGCAGCAAUUACCCGCUACUGGUCAACAAAAACCGACCGUCGAGCGAGCCGAACACGCCGAAACACCACAACAAUAACGAGAACCGCAUCGUCAUGUUCAAGGUGUCGGAAGUGGAAUCCAAAAGGAACAAAUUGCAGAGAAUGAUGGCCAUCGACACCGAUUGUCCUUCGACCCGAGUGUAAUGGACGAAGGACGAGACGCGUUCUCGGAUGUCCACCACCGCCACCACCAACACCACUACCACCAACACCACCACCAUCUCCAUCGACGACAGCGCCGCGGUUCGUCCCACGAGCUGAGGGUAGACCGUAUGACAUGUGGUAUUAUCGGUGCAAUUUACCGUGCACGUGUGACGGUCCAUGACCGGGGAUUCGAAAACGAAAUUUCCAAUACUCCUCUCCUCAAAACAGAUGCCAAAUACAUUGUUAUACAUAAGAAUACGAUUACACGUACUAAAUGUAUAAUAUUUGUGUGUACAUAUAUAUAUGUAUAUAUAUGUAUAUUGUUAUUGCGUUAUGAACUGUAAUAUUGCGUAGUGCACCGCGAUCGUAUGCGUUCCCUUUUUUUCCUCCGUACCAAAAAAAAAAAAAACUAUAUACGUAUAUCAGGGGCGGAACUAGGGAGUGGAAGACGUGAAUUUAUCCCCAGGUGUAAAAUUUUAGAGGGUGUAAUUUUUGCAAUCUUUAACUAAUUUGAUAUUUUUAACUUUGUUAAACACCGAUGUUA